CAUUUCAUUCAGUUUAAGUUGAGUUCUUGACCAUGAAACAUUGGCAAAAAACAAUCAUCUGUUUAGUAUUGGCUCUGAUCUCUUUGUCAACGUAUAUACAAAGUGUCCCCGAAUGGGCUAUAACGGAAGAUGGCAAGAAAUAUUUAAUUGAAGAUAAAUAUGAGUACUCCUGGCUGGAAUCUUUGCAUGAAUGCGCCAAGCGCAACUUGUCAUUGGUAACCUUAGACACUCCAGCGAAAAAUAAUGAUUUUGUGAGACUAAUGAAAAGUCGUUAUGGUCAUGGUCUAGAUAUGUGGAUUGGUGGCUCUGCUUCCACGGCUGAAAAUUCCAAUCGUAAAUUCGUUUGGGCUUCCAAUGGCAAAACUUUUCAAUAUGCCCACUGGCAAGAGGGUGAACCCAACAAUUUGGGCGGUGAACAACCCUGUGUGCAUACGUGGUCCAUAUCGAAUGAUUUUCGUUGGGCUGAUGGUCAGUAUCAUUUAAAAUACGGUUACAUUUGUGAGGAAACAACUUUACUGUACAAAUGUUGGGGAAGUUUGUGAUGAAAUGUUUAAUAAUUCAUUGAUAUUGUUUCUAUAGCAAUUUAAAGAUUGAUAAAGUAUAUUCUUAUAAAAAAAAUAUAGAAGCCGAUGACUUUAAUUAUUUGUUUAUUUGGAAAUGAAAUAAAAUAUUCAAUAAUAAUAUUUAUAUUUAUUAAACAAAAAAACAAGUAUAAACAAGUAAUAAAUUAUUCGGCGAAGACGAAAUUAAAAAUAUA